UAAAUUUGUUUUAAAAACUAAAAUAAGUGAGUAUGAAUGGAGACCCAUUUGACGAGCGGUUCCUUGACCUCGUCCGCUGUUGACGCCGCCGUCGUCCCUCACUCACAUCAGAAAUUCAUCCUCUCUCCGCCGUGCCUUUCAUCGUCCUAUUAAAGGGCUUUUAUUAUUUCGCAACAAGACAAACCCACCAACUGUAUGAUACUUUUUUUGUGAGAAGAACAAAUAAACAUGGCAAACAGCAAAUACGAGUAUGUCAAGUGUUUUGAACUCGAGGACGAGGUUAUGUUUCCCAAUUUCAUCCUUGUUUCCAUAACCGCUUCUAAACUUCACAAACCUUAUCAUGUAAAUGCUUUGAAUUUGAUGAACUCUUGUGCCGUUGCGGUGCUUGAAGAGUAUGCAGAUAUAGUUCUCGCAUACGGGUUCAGUGAUGAGUAUACCUUUGUUUUUAAGAAGACCACCAAGUUCUAUGAAAGACGUGCUAGCAAAGUAUUAUCCAUUGUUUCUUCUUUUUUCUCAUCUGUCUUUGUUAGAAAAUGGCAUGAAUUCUUCCCGCAGAUGGAACUACAUUCACCUCCUUCUUUCCAUGGGAAAGUCAUACCUUGUGCAGCUAUAGAUGCCCUUCAAGCAUAUCUUUCGUGGAGGCAAAAUAUCUGUCAUUUGAAGAAUCAAUAUGAUCAAUGCUUUUGGCGACUUGUUGAACACGGAAUGAAUGAGAAGGAAGCGAAGGAUUUUAUCGAUGGUGCUAAGAAGCGUGACUUAAAUGAUAUUUUAUUUGAUGAGUUUAAUGUCAAUUACAAUACAUUGGAUCCAAUGUUACGACAAGGCUCAUGUGUUUUGAAGACAAUGGUAGGAGAUGUCGUGAAGUACACUGAAGAUGGUGCUCCGGUUGAAAGAAAAAGGAGAAAGAUAAACACAGUGCACUACAAGAAAAUAGCAAGCACAAGAUUUUGGAACGAACAAACUAUUCUUUUGAAGGAGCUUGGUGUUUUUGCGGAGGAGAUUAACAAUGUAAAGCCGGAGUAUGUGAGGUCCUUUGAGUUUGAUAGCAAGUUGAUGCCGUCUACAUGGGUUGUAGUUCGGAUAGAUGGAUGCCACUUCCAUAGAUUUUCUGAGAUACAUGAAUUUGUGAAGCCAAAUGACGACAGAGCUCUUAAUUUGAUGAAUUCAUGUGCGGUGGCUGUCUUAGAAGAAUUUAGGCAGGAUAUAGUAUUUGCUUAUGGGGUUAGCGACGAGUACAGUUUCAUUCUUAAGAAGUCCACUGAUCUUUAUCAAAGGAGAGCUAGUAAAAUCAUUUCAGCAAUUGUGUCCUUCUUCACUUCAACUUACGUGAUGAGAUGGAACAAUUUCUUCCCUCAAACUGAGUUAAAUUAUUCUCCUUCUUUUGAUGCACGAGCAGUGUGCUAUCCAUCUGCUGAGAUUGUACGAGACUAUCUUUCGUGGAGGCAAGUGGAUUGCCACAUAAACAAUCAAUAUAACACUUGUUUCUGGAAGCUUGUUGCAUCUGGUAAAAGCAAACGGGAAGCUCAACGUAGUUUAAAGGGUGCUCAACUGCAAAAGAAAAUUGAGGAAUUGGCUAUUGACUACAAUAAAUUGCCUGUGAUGUUCCGACAAGGAUCCUCAGUAUUUCGGGAUAGAAUAGACAAUGUUCUCAUCCAUCAGGAGAAUGGAGAGUCUUCUGAAAGUUACGGAAAAGUCGCUGUAGCACAUAUUGACAUAAUUGGAUCAGCCUUUUGGCUGGAACACCCGGGCAUCCUUGAUGAAAAGCUACAUGUGUGGAAGAAAUGUUGAGUCUGAUAAUUAAAACUUCAUUACUUUAUUUUUGUGCUUCUAAUUUUAUUUUAUUUUAGUUUGGUUUAACAUUCUUGAAUUCAUAUAUGUUCUUUUUUUUAUUUAAGAUAAUGAAAUUGGUAAGUACCACAUAGGUUUUAUUAUUUGUGAGUGGAAAUACUUGCAAGCAAGCUUUAGAUCCCUUUACUUUCCCCUUCUUAUGUGGUA